AUGAAGCCCUUUGAGCAUCUUCAGUUACUUGGAAAUGCAGAAAUCUACGAGGAAAUCUCUGAGGUUCUGAAAGGGCUGGAGCCUUGGUUGCAGGGCAAUGCAAAAGCUGCUGAUGCUGACGAGAAUGGAAUCAUCCAGAUUUGGACAGAUCAGAUUGACCAGGCUACAUUGGCGAUCCGUAGAUUGAUCUAUGAGGGCUGUGCCCAGUAUGCGCUGAUCAAAACGACUCGUCCAGCCAGAACGCCUCAGAACCUACCGUUUGCGAUUUACACUGUGCUAAAAGUUGGAGGUACUCCCACGGUAGAUGAAGUGGCUUUGAGUUCGGCGCAAUCAAUCUGGAUUGAGAAACCGGCACGGCUUGGCGGAGAGGUUCAAACAAUGAGACGAAACCGGAGUCCAUAA